CUUCCUCUCUGCCCUCCUCUAGCUAGAGGCCUGAGAAGCAUUGCCUAAGACUCCCUGAGUGGUUGGAAGAGUUCUGCUCGGAGACGCUCUGCUGCCCGGCUCUACAACCAACUGUGAGGCUGUCCGCAGCUGGCUACUAAGCUUGCUGGCAGUUUGAGCCCAGUGGGUGACCAGGAGCAGUGGGGCCCUGACCCUUCAGACUGCAGCCUGAGGGCUCCUCACAGCCUGGUACUUUCUGCUCUGCAGCAGGAAAAGUGAGGAUGGCAGUGAACAAAGAUCCGAUGCUGCUGGAUGGAGACAUUCCUGAGCAGGAGAAUGUGCUGCAGCGCGUCAUGCAGCUGCCUGUGGUGAGCGGCACAUGCGAGUGCUUCCAGAAGACCUAUGCCAGCACCAAGGAAGCCCACCCCCUGGUGGCCUCCAUGUGCAACGCCUACGAGAAGGGCGUGCAGGGCGCCAGCAGCCUGGCCGCCUGGGGCAUGGAGCCCGUAGUCCGCAGGCUGUCCACCCAAUUCACAGCUGCCAAUGAGCUGGCCUGCCGAGGCCUGGACCACCUGGAGGAAAAGAUCCCAGCCCUCCAGUACCCUCCUGAAAAGAUUGCCUCAGAGCUGAAGGGCACCAUCUCCAACCGCCUUCGCAGUGCCCGCAAUAGUAUCAGCGUGCCUAUUGCAAGCACUUCGGACAAGGUCCUGGGAGCCACCCUGGCUGGCUGUGAGCUGGCCUGGGGAGUGGCCAGGGAGACUGCAGAGUAUGCCACCAACACCCGAGCAGGCCGGCUGGCCUCUGGAGGGGCUGACCUGGCCCUGAGCGGCAUUGAGAAGGUGGUGGAGUUCCUCCUCCCUCCAGCCAAGGAGGAACUGGCCACUGCUCCUGGACGCCAGCAGAUUCAGAAGCCUCCCAAGGCCAAGCCAAGCCUCCCACGCAGGGUGGGGAUCCUGGCCAACACCCUUUCCCGACACGCCAUGCAGACCACUGCCUGGGCGCUGAAGCAGGGCCACUCCCUGGCCAUGUGGAUUCCGGGCGUGGCACCCCUGAACAGCCUGGCCCAGUGGGGUGCUACAGCUGCCAUGCAGGUAGUGUCCCGGCGACAGAGUGAGGUGCGGGUGCCCUGGCUGCACAACCUUGCUGCUGCCCAGGGUGAAGACCAUGAUGACCAGACGGACACAGAGGGUGAGGAGUCAGAGGAGGAAGAGGAAGAGGAGGAGAAAUCAGAGGCUGAGGAGAACACACUCAGUGAGGUGGCGGCCCUGCCCGGCCCCCAAGGCCUCCUGGGCAGUGUGGUGCACACCCUGCAGAAGACGCUCCAGGGCACCAUUUCAGCUGUGACGUGGGCGCCCAAGGCUGUGCUGGGCACAGUGGGAAGGGUGCUUCACCUCACAGCGGCCCCAGCUGUCUCCCCGAUCAAGGGGCGGGCCAUGUCUCUGUCGGAUGCUCUGAAGGGUGUCACUGACAACGUGGUGGACACAGUGGUGCAUUACGUGCCGCUCCCCAGGCUGUCGUUGAUGGAGCCCGAGAGCGAAUUCCAGGACAUCGAUAACCCCCCAGUUGAAGCCCAGCGCCGGGAGACAGAGCGCAAGUGGUCCGAGCCGCAGCCAGCCUGCCCCGAGUCCGGGCCGCACCCCGCGCAGCACCGCGGAAGCCUGCGCGGUUUGCGCUCCUCUGACCAGGGCGACUCCGGAGAGAUGCCCUCUGCGCGCCCAGGCUUCCUGGCCACGCCCCGGGAGAAGCCGUUGCGCAGGGUCAGCGACAGCUUCUUCCGGCCUAGCGUCAUGGAGCCCAUCCUGGGCCGUGCGCAGUACAACCAGUUGCGCAAGAAGAGCUGAGCCGUGCGCUACUCAAGCCCGGGCCGGGCUCCCCAAGCGAGAGCCCACGCUUCCAAGCUAGCUCCUGAGGGGUCCCUUGGGAAUUCGAGCCUCAUGGUCACCAUGCUGCGCAGACACACGACUUUCUGAAGCAUCUCUGGGGGCUCUUUUGCUCAGCGGCUUGCUCUGAUAGAAUGCGCUCCCUCCCCCGGAAUUGUUGCUCAACGUGAUCUUUCACUUCUUUAACCAAAUUGUGCCCAAAUGACACUUUUAUCCUUGAGUGCAGAGGCCUCUGGCGACCUAGGUUCUCAGCAGACCGCUCCGAAGGGAUCACCAGGUGCAAAUGCGCUUGUACAUUUAUGUAGUGUUAGCACCACUCUCAGUACCUGCUACCCUGUGCAGGCUGACCUCAGGCUUGUCCUCUGCGGCGCCACCUUGUGGUUGGCAGCCAUAUUUCCACUUACAUGGUCACUUCUGAAUGCUGGUGCCCCCAGAUGCUGGAAGAUGACAAAGGUAACUUCACCCAAUAGUCUCUGUUCUCUAGACCCUAAAUACAGCCUCCACAACUGCUAUUCAUUGCAAGUCCUUUUUUUGGAAAUGCUAAUACUUGGUAACUCUAGGAGAUGCAUAAACAUAAU